CUAUACAGAAUAAUUUAUCCUGUGUCGUGUGGGCUCUGCACGUAAUAAUCUCUUGUGAAUUGAACGUAAAUUUUGAUCGCUUCUGCUGUUCAAAUAACGCAAUCCCACUCUGCUCAAACAGAGACGCCCAGCCUUCUAUGUCUUUCAGGCCAGUAGAAAGCCGAAAUGAAGAAGGCGAGCUUUCGUCGUCAUUAUCAUCAAAUCUCUGCUUUCUAUGUACCAUUUCUGCUUCUGCUGAGCGGAUUAGCUGAACCCUUUACUUCUGCCGCGUUGGGACAGUUCUGUAAGACCGGCUUUGUUACAAAACGCGGCAUGGUGGGGCGGUGCACCGAGAUCAGUCGAUUCACACUGUCCGAUCCCAAAUCUAGGGGGACGGGACUGCCAUUCAACAGAUACGCGUGGCUAACGAUGCAUAGUUCGUUCACAUGGGUCGAUCGGAAUUCGGUCAAGAGUGCAUACAAACAAGCUUCCAUUACCAGCCAGCUCAAAUUAAAUGGUGUCAGAGGUUUAAUACUGGAUAUGUAUGACUUUCAAAAUGAAAUUUGGCUCUGCCGCUCCAGUAGUGUUUACUGUAAUAAGUUCACUGCAGUUAACCCAGUCAUUGAUGUGCUCAAAGAAAUCCAAGCAUUCUUAGAAGAAAAUUAUUCAGAAGUCAUUACUAUAUUCAUUCAUGACCAUGUUGAAUCCCCUGGCGGCCUCACUAAAGUCUUCACAUCUUCUGGCCUCAUGAAGUACUGGUUUCCUGUAUCCGGUAUGCCAAAUAAUGAUGGCGAUUGGCCAUUACUCAGUGACAUGAUAAACAAUAACCAACGUUUGAUCGUCUUUACUUCAAAUUCAACAAAAGAAGCUUCAGAAGGCAUUGCAUAUCAGCAGAGAUAUGUAGAACAAUAUAAAGAUCAAGGUGUGAGACCAAUUUUUUGCUCUACUCGAGCAGAACCAUCCCCCUUGAAUGGCACAUCAAGAUCACUUGUUCUCAUGGAAUAUUUUUCAGAGCCUGUAGAAAUUUGUCAGGGGAGUUUACGUUCUAGUCAUAGUUUGCCGGGAAAUCGAUGGCCUAACUUCGUAGCUUCGGAUUUCGAUAAGCUGCAGAAAAGCGAUUUAGGUGAAGCUUCUCAGAUUACAAAUGAGGCCAAUGGACACCUAAUUUGUGGAUGCAAUGAUAUUGCUUAUUGCAAGAAUAAUGGCACAUUUGGCUCUUGCUCUCUGCUGCAUAAGGCUGAUGAUAAGGCAAGUUCUUCAGUGGGUCAGAUGUCUUAUGAAGAUAGCUUGCUAUGGAUGGUUGCAUUGGCUAUGGCCUUCCUUUUGGGCAGCUUCUAGUCAUAAAAUGCAAGACAAGCUUUUUUUUUUCUUGGAGUGCUAAUUUUAUCUUUGUUUUUAAUAAUAUGCUUUGAUCUAUUGUAACAUUAAAGUUUUAAUAGUUAUAAAAUAAAGAGAGACAAUUUAGGCA